ACAGACUGAAACAUUAGUGCCCAUAUAAUAAGGAUAAUGGCUGGUUGCAGUGUUUUUACCUCCAUGUCUGGUGCACCAAAGUUGCACACCACAUUUUGUGGAAAUGGGAUAGAGUGGGUUGGUUUUCAUUUUUUUUGGGGGGGGGGUGAGGGGGGUUAGGGGCUGGUGCCCCCCCCCCCUCCUCACAACCUCAUCAGUCUUAUGUAUAGUUAAAUGUGUACACAGAUCUGUGAAUAUGUACCAGCAAAAGAUAAUUUGAAUACAAUAACCGCAAAAUAAGUUUGGAUGCAUUUAGAGACUUUUGAACGAACGUUUUUUUUCAAUGAAUUAGGAUACAUCGCAUCAGUGCAACAAGAUCGCAACUCGAUUUUUCAACAAAGUCGUAUCUUUCGCAAAUACGCUCCGUGCAACAAUGGCGUUUCUCGCGUAUUGCAACGUCCAUUGACUUUGAGUGUACAUCCGGGUUAUUUUAAGCGAGAUACAACCUUUUGACAUUGAAAAGUUGCGUUUCACAUACAGUACGCCAUACACCAUUUUAGGAGAUACGACCAUGUUGCACGGACAUGACGAUAAAAUUGUGUCAAUUGCCUCUCGAAAGGAUCAACUUUUUCCAACUUGGGAAGAGUGCUGCAUGUCAUAGAUCGAUUGUGUUUUGUGAUAUCAUAUGUGGCAGUGUGUGAGACCAUACCAUAGAUGCACUUUCCUGUUAUUGUUUUCAAGCUUUGCUCGUGUUACCAUUUCUAGUGAUAACAGACUGUCCAGUGAAAUUUAGCAUCACAUGACCGUAGUACAGUUUUAUGUCAAUGAAUGUCAUGUGUUUGUUUAGCUUUGUCUUUUAUACAUUUGCAAAACAUUAUUUCACUCCAUGAUAUUACCUUCACUAAGUAGCAUGCAUCAUCAAUUUAGAUGGAAGUAGAUUAAACCAAAUGCGUUCAUAUGUUGAAUAGGAGCAUUGUAUAGGAGCACAUAACAUGAUGGUAUUUUUUCAAAUUAAAAGUCAUUAUUUGGCCGAGCACUGGCAAGGAUAAUGUUAUCCCUGUAGAAACAUGAAGAUGUCAUCUUUUACAUUCCGACUAUCCCAGAUUUGUUUGUUGCCUGUUUUAAAGAUAUGCCUGUUUUUAAAGAUGUGCCUGUUUUUAAAGAUGUGCCUGUUUUUAAAGAUGUGCCUGUUUUUAAAGACGUGCCUGUUUUUAAAGAUGUGCCUGUUUUUAAAGAUGUGCCUGUUUUUAAAGAUGUGCCUGUUUUCAAAGAUAUGCCUGUUUUUAAAGAUAUGCCUGUUUUUAAAGAUGUGCCCGUUUUUAAAGAUGUGCCUGUUUUUAAAGAUGUGCCUGUUUUUAAAGAUGUGCCCGUUUUUAAAGAUGUUUUUAAAGAUGUGCCCGUUUUUAAAGAUGUGCCUGUUUUUAAAGAUGUGCCUGUUUUUAAAGAUGUGCCUGUUUUUAGAGAUGUGCCUGUUUUUAAAGAUGUGCCUGUUUUUAAAGAUGUGCCUUUUUUUUUAAAGAUGUGCCUAUUUUUAAAGAUGUGCCUGUUUUUAAAGAUGUGCCUGUUUUUAAAGUUUUUCCGUGUCUUUAAAGAUAUGCCUGUUUUAAAGAUAUGCCUGUUUUUAAAGAUAUGCCUGUUUUAAAGAUGUGCCUGUUUUUAAAGAUAUGCCUGUUUUGGUCUAGCAACAAGGCAGGCGCAUGCAUACUGAGCAUGUUUACGCAGUGUUACGGCAAGCAAAUGUCCAAAAUUGUUCAGUAUGUUGUCCUUGUGAUGGCUGUAAUGUGUCUAGCUGUUGUGAAGCACGUUUAUUGAAGUUGGUGACAUCAUGUGUUUAAGUGACAUCCAGUAGAGAUUAUGUAUAGCUGUCCCUUUCUGCACGCCCGCCUGUCUGCCUGCCCACCACGGUACUACAUAUGGUUUGCAUGCUGUUAAUGAACGUUUCAUGGCAAAGCUCUCACAAGUGUGUCCGCCAACGCUGCUCAAUCCUGGACUCUGACUGUCAGAAUCUUCCUCUCUCCAAGUCCUUCAACUACAUCGCCUUCUCCUCCAACUUCCUGGCACCAGCUGUCCUCUUCAAGAUUGCCACUGUUCCUGACCGUCGCUUCAGCUACCGCUUUAAGUUCCUGGACGGCCACCAAGGAGGGGAGUUUGCUCUGAUGCAGAGCGCUUAUGUGGCAACCAUUAAUGUGAUGAGGAGCAUCGAAGGUCCCAAGGAGUACAACUUAGACGUGGAGAUGGAAGUCUACCAGAGGGGCGUUUUGGCUGCGCGAUACGUCUCCAAGAUUUUCUUCAAUAUAUCAGAGUAUCCAUUUUGAGAGAUUUAAGGGACUCGUCUUCCAACAGCUGCAUGACAGGACCUGGUUGAACGGACAAAACUUGAAUGUUGGGAGUGUCUUAUUCUGCAGCUUAACUUUGUAGGCCUGGUGAUGACUGACCAAAGAACAAUGAGAUUAUUGAAAUGUAUUUUUAUUUCUGUCUUUUGUAAAACCUCUCAAGAUUGAUUAGUCCAAGAAAAGAAUUCAGAGUUUGAAUACCAAGUGCACCCCAUGUAUAUAUUUUAAAUUAUUAUUUAUAUCAGGCUUCCAGUGGUAAAAAUAAAUCUGAUGACUGCAAUAUUAUGUCAAUAAAGUACCCAGAUGACUGCAAUAAUAUUGUUAUUGCAGUCAUCCAAGCAUUUUCACUGGUUACCGCACAAUAUAUAGCAUAGAAAGUCACAGUCAACUAGUCAACAGAACAUAGCAUGCGGACGCAGCGCACAGCACUUCCAGUGUUGUCAACAACCACAACUGGCUUUGAGCAGGGCGAUAAUUCAACGAAAUUUGAGAAAUAAAGGCCAUGUCCUGAAAUUCAUUUCUUGCAGAUCAAGCUAGUCAGCCUAAUAUAAAUAAUACUAAUAAUUAUUCAUAAGAUGGAAUUUUUUUUUGCGUUGGGGUGA